AAAAGUUACUCAGAGUGGUCUACUAGUACUUCUAGCUAGGUGGCAACUACAACCACCAACAAAACAAGCAAGAACACAAUCCAAAACCGAGCUGUGAAUGACCAAGACAGUAGCUUUCCCGACACGGUAAAACCAACCUUUGGAGCAGUUCUCCUACAGUAUCAUCAUCUUAUUUCUUCGGAUAAUAGAUUCUAUAUCGUUGAGUGCUACACUGUAUUAAGGAAAGGAAAGAAGACUAUGGACCAAGGGGAAGGCAUUGCUAGCAGGCAAAACAAGAACCAUGAUGAAAGAAGGGUAUCAUCAGAAUCAGACAGCGAUGAGCGAGAUAAUGAUGGUCCACUAGAGCUACUACUAGAAGCACCACCAGCCAGGGAGAGGGGAGAUGAGGAUCAAAGGAGAGAUGGGGUCCUGAUACCCAUGGUACCCUUAACAGACGAUGUUGUGGCUCCCGAUGUACCCAUCAUACCCAUGCUACCCUUAGCUGAUGCUACCAUUGGUUCGACUACUAGUAGUACGGAUAAUGGUGGUGCUAUCAUUCAUACUACAUAUAGUACAGCAGGGGAGGAAGAAGACUCUUGCAAGGAGGAAGAGGAAGACUUGAAGGAAUCCAAGUUGUUAAAGGCUCGUAUUCAGAAAGAAAACGACAAGAUGGCAGCCAUGUCGGCUCAGAACGAAACUGAAAGGAAGGUACAGGAAAAGUUGGCACAACAACAACAGCAACAGCAACCUCCCUUAUCCAGAACCACAACGGGUCAGAAGCUUGAUCCCUUAUCACCCACAGCCAAGAAUCAACUCUUACGAAGAACCCGUUCCAUGCAACAUCGCGACCUACAGAGACGUCAAGUCAGUCCUCAGCGACCACGCCCCACCAGUCCAAUCAGGCAGCGACAGAACAGUCCUACACGCAGUCCUCUUCAGCGACGUACUAUGCCACCUCGUAACCUCUCCAACUCGUCCUCACGGCGAACCGUCGGUAGCAUGUUAGAAGAGGAAGAUGACGAGCAACAGUGCCAAGAUACCUUGAUGAUGAUUGCCAAAGCGAGGGCGGCUCUAGGACAAGACUAUGAUGACGAGUACGAAGAAGGAGUAGAAGUAGAAGACGAAGAACAACAACAAGACAAUAAAGAUGACAAACAAAAGCGGGUCCCUCGACGGUGGCGACAUCAGCAACAAAAUAGUACAGAGGAAUUGCAGCGACCAGGUGCCUAUUCCAAAGCCCCGGGAGAAGACUUUCAGCGAAAUCGAACCUUUGAACGGGCGACCUAUGCACCCGCACCACAACCCACAACACCUACAGCUCACAGCAAGCCGAUGACAGAACUGCAACAACAAUAUGCCAAAAAGGCUAGUAGUAGUGGCUUGGACUCCUCGUCGGAAGAUGAAGGUCUCAAAGAUUUUAUAAUGGCCGAAUCGGACGAGGACAAGAAACCAGCUGCCAAACCACGACGCAAGGACCAUGUGGACAAAAGGAUGGUGUUACCAUCGGGGAGCUUUCACAGUCAAACCUCCGUGGACAGUCUCGCGACACCACCGCCCUCGCGUCGCGGCAAAAUGACACGGGUGGAAUCCCUCAGUACCGACGACGAUGGCAUUGCCUUGUCAGACUCUUCACCCAAAUUUGGCGCGAGAAAAAAUCGACGGAUGCGACGUGUUGCCCCUGCGUUAAAAGCAGAUAGUGCCCUGACCGACGACGAGGACGACGAUGAUCAAGCAUCCCAGUUCUCCUCUUCCGCCAACGACUUUCGUCGACGACAACGAAAUCGAUCUUCCAAAAGUCAAUCUUCCAUUCGAUUGUCCAUGUUGGCACGGUCGUUCCGGGGAAUUAAUAGCAACGACAGUGGGGGAAGAUGGAGUGGCAGUGGGACGUGGACCCUCUCCAGUGGCGACGUGUCAUCGGACAAGAUGAUUGCCGACAUUACCGAACAAUCCGUAUCCAACUUUGUCAAAUCCUUUGGCAAUCAAAUGUCGUCCAUGGAUGCAUUGCCCAUUGCCGCCACGGUGGUGCCGUCCGAAGAAGAUCUGGAAACACUCAUUCGAUCCAGACUCGAAACCGAAUUGAGAACGCAUCUCAGUCGGGAAUUGACGCAAUUUCGAGAACGAUUGUUUCAAGAAAUCAUGGAACGGGGAGAAUUGCAAGUGGCGGAACAAUUGCAAAUGGUGGUGGAUCCUGCUACCACCACGGCAGAUCAUGACAUGAUGAGAGAAAGCAUCGCAUCCGUCAACAACAAUGGUGGUAGCAAUCAUGAUACGAGUCCCUUUCUCGUCAUGCCAACGGCAGAAACAACGAUUGUGGACCCACUGCGGGGAGACAGCCCCGGUCUUGUCGCGGACUCCGCCGACGAUUUGUCAUUCGAGCCCGAAGAUGAUCGAUACGAGGACGAACAUUCCGUCACCAUGGACGACGAGAACGAUGAAACCAUUGGAUCGUUGCACGGUAGCAUCCAUCCUGACAGUUCCAAUCAGCUCUUGUCAUUGGUGGAAUCGACGACGUCGUCUCGUCGACGCCGACCAGCGGACAACUUUGCACGAUCCAUUCGACAAUCGCUCCGUAUCGAAUUUGGAAAUUUGGGAGAUGAGCUCGGUGAUUUGGAGCAGUCGGCAGCCAUGGAAGCACAGGUGAUUGACAUUGAAUCAGCAAAUCCAACCCCGACGGUGACAACCGGAUUGUCGUCGUCUCAAGCGGGCAGUUUCAUGCUAUCCAGUGGUCGUGGUGGCAGUUGCAGUCGCCAUGAUAGCAAAGGAAACGUUGUCGACGUGGUUGGCGACGCCAAACGGAAAGCUUCCUUGACUUGUCCCCCAAACCACGAACACGGUCGGACGUUUGUCUUUUCUCCCCGGGGAUUGCUGGGAAGUGUCUUUUUGGUCUUCUUACUGGGUGCCUUUGUCGGUGCGGGGACUAGUAUCUUGGCCAUGGGGUCAAUAGGGGGUGAGAACUAGCUAGCAGAAGUGGAGAAAUAGACAUCGAUGCAGUGAUGGGGGAAGUAAUAAAGGCGACCACGCUGGUUGAACUUUUAAAAUUAACUUGAGACCUUUAAUCU